CCAGGUUCGGCUCCUUGGCCCGCCGGCUGAGGAGAGGCCCACACUGCACACGCGCAGACACAGUACCCGCGUCAAAAGACGAGGAGAGCGUGCGCUCCCCACGUCCUGCCCGCCAGGCUGCCAGGCAUUCGUCUCAGCGGUGACUCCCGCCGGGCCAGGGCAGGUGCGCCCACGUCUGAACAGCGAUGCCCCGGGAGAUCAUCACCCUGCAGCUGGGCCAAUGCGGCAACCAGAUUGGGUUCGAGUUCUGGAAACAGCUGUGCGCCGAGCAUGGUAUCAGCCCCGAGGGCAUCGUGGAGGAGUUCGCCACCGAGGGCACUGACCGCAAGGACGUCUUUUUCUACCAGGCUGACGAUGAGCAUUACAUUCCACGGGCAGUGCUGCUGGACCUGGAGCCCCGGGUGAUCCAUUCCAUCCUCAACUCUCCAUAUGCCAAGCUCUAUAACCCGGAGAACAUCUACCUGUCAGAACAUGGAGGAGGAGCUGGCAACAACUGGGCCAGGGGAUUCUCCCAGGGUGAGAAAAUCCACGAAGACAUCUUUGAUAUCAUAGACCGAGAAGCAGAUGGAAGUGACAGUCUAGAGGGCUUUGUGCUGUGCCAUUCCAUUGCUGGAGGUACGGGUUCUGGCCUAGGCUCCUACCUUCUGGAGCGACUGAACGACAGGUAUCCCAAGAAGCUGGUACAGACAUACUCAGUGUUCCCCAGUCAGGAUGAGAUGAGUGACGUGGUGGUCCAGCCCUACAACUCACUCCUCACACUUAAGAGGCUGACCCAGAAUGCAGACUGCGUGGUGGUGCUGGACAAUACAGCCCUUAAUCGGAUAGCCACAGACCGCCUCCACAUCCAGAACCCAUCCUUCUCCCAGAUCAACCAGCUGGUGUCCACCAUCAUGUCGGCCAGCACCACCACCCUGCGCUAUCCCGGCUACAUGAACAACGACCUCAUCGGCCUCAUCGCCUCACUCAUUCCCACACCACGGCUCCACUUCCUCAUGACUGGUUACACCCCCCUCACUACAGACCAGUCAGUAAGAGCAGCCUUCAGUGUCCCAGGCAGGGUUGGCCUGGGCCCAGAGACACUGAACUUUGACUUUCUUUUCUCCCCUCUGCCCAAAAAUUACCCUUUGCAGCCCCCCAAGGCUCUUGCUCAGAGACUGCUGGGAUUAUAUGCAUGUGACACUGUACCUAGCUCCCCCAGUCUGUUCCUAUUUCCAUCUUAUACUAGCACCCAUUCUGAAGAUUUCCUUCUUUUUCAGCUCUUUGAAAGUUCCUGCCAGCAGUAUGACAAGCUAUGGAAACGGGGGGCCUUCCUGGAGCAGUUCCGCAAAGAGGACAUCUUCAAGGACAAUUUUGAUGAGAUGGACAGGUCCAGGGAGGUUGUUCAGGAGCUCAUUGAUGAGUACCAUGCAGCCACACGGCCAGACUAUAUCUCCUGGGGCACCCAGGAGCAGUGAUUUUCCUCUCUGCUCUUCCCCCCAUGUACAGGAAGCACAGCCACCACCAUGACUGGUCCCUCUGAUCCAACUUUACCUUACUGGAUUCCUCUCCUCCCCAGAAACUGGCCCAACUUCCUCCCUUCCAUUCCUGACCCUUGAUAUGCUUGUUCAGUUCAAAUAAAGUUAUAAAGCUUAGAGA